GUUUAGGUCUUUAUAUUUAGUUAGUUUUUUUUUGUCUCAAAUUUUUCUUUUCUUUUUUAUUUUCAAUUUUCAUUCUGUUACCGAUUCCUGUUGCCAAAAAGAAUUUGAUUGAAGAUGAUAAUGCGCAGCCUCUUUCCGAAUCGAAUAUUCCGACAACAGUCGAUAAAUAACAGUUUAUUAUUGUUUCGAAAAUUUUCAUCAACAAUCAAUGAAGCAAAAUUUCAAAUUAAACCAUAUAAAUUACAUCGAUUGGAACAAGGUCCGGCUACCGAAGUUAUCUGUACACGUGAUGAUGCUAUAAAAUACUAUGAACAAAUGUCAAUUAUUCGACGAUUAGAAGCCGCUUCGAAUACAUUGUAUAAAGAAAAAGCAAUACGUGGAUUUUGUCAUCUAUAUACCGGUCAAGAAGCUGUUGCUGUUGGUAUGGAAAAUGCAAUAACAAAAAAAGAUGCCGUUAUUACUGCAUAUCGUGCACAUGGUUGGGUUUGGUUACGUGGUGUUGAUGCAGUUGGUGUUUUAUCCGAACUUACUGGUCGUAAAACAGGUUGUGCACGUGGUAAAGGUGGUUCAAUGCAUCUUUAUACUAAUAGAUUUUAUGGUGGAAAUGGAAUUGUUGGUGCACAAAUUCCAUUAGGUGCUGGUAUAGCAUUAGCACAAAAAUAUACAAAUUCAAAUGAAAUAACAUUAGCUUUAUGUGGUGAUGGUGCGGCUAAUCAAGGACAAGUUUUUGAAGCAUAUAAUAUGGCUGCAUUAUGGAAAUUACCAAUAAUAUUUAUUACAGAAAAUAAUGGCUAUGGUAUGGGUACAUCAUCUGAACGUGCUGCAGCUAGUUCAGAUUAUUAUACACGUGGUGAUUAUAUACCGGGUAUUUGGGUUGAUGGUAUGGAUAUAUUAGCUGUACGUGAAGCAACAAAAUAUUUAGCUGAAUUAUGUCGUAAUGGACAAGGACCAUUCUGUAUGGAAGCAAUGACAUAUCGUUAUUUUGGUCAUUCAGUUUCUGAUCCAGGUACUAGUUAUCGUACACGUGAAGAAAUACAAGAAGUACGACAAAAACGUGAUCCAAUUACAUCAUUUAAAGAACGUAUUAUACAAGCAGAAUUAGUUACUAGUGAUGAAUUAAAACAAAUCGAUUUAAAUAUACGUAAACAAAUGGAUGAUGCAAUGAAUCAAGCACGUACUGAUCCAGAAUUAGAUUCGGAUGAAUUAUAUCAUGAUGUUUAUGUUAAUUGUUUACAUUCAAAUAUACGUGGACCAACACCAUUUCAAACAAAUGUACAUAAAAAUCAUUGGAAACCAAUGAAUUUAACAAAAUGAUAAUUUUCAAAAAAAACAAAAAAAAAUGUAAAAAAUAUAGAAAUUAUAGGGAAAAAUAAACGUAUGAACACACGAAGUUACUGAUUGCAACUAAAAAUAUUUUAUUAGAACUUUAAACGUUUUAUAAUUAUACAAAUAUUCGAUUAAUAGAACUAAAACUGUUCUAACAAUCUCCCCCUUUAAAUCAAAUAUUU